CCAGGGAGGUUAAGCAUAAACUAGUUAGGGGGUUAAGAACAAAAAGAGCACUUCAGGCUGACCCGGUGACACAGCUGCUGCUUUCAUACACACAUCCACAAAGUCUUACAUUACAUCCCCUGUCAUUUUCUGCUUCAGCAGCCAUAGGAGAAUAGGAGGCGGGAGUAACAUUGUGAAGAAGGCAGGAAACAUUGGAUUUAGGGAGAAAGAGGUUGGCUGCAACACAGACAUGUAUUUACUCUCUGCCAAGCCAAAAGCACAGCAGCACUACAGGGGGAGAAUGAGCAGCCCGCUCCUGCCUUUUACUGUCACCAAAUAACAACGUUGAGGACAAGAUCGACACAACAAGUACAAGUACAGCAUGACUUCUAACUUCCCACUGCCUCGCACUCUCAGAAGAUCCUGGAGCCUCUCCCCGGCACGGACUAUGCGCAUUGUAGUACUGGGGCAAAGUGCUGUGGGCAAAACAGCACUGACUGUGAGAUUCAUCACAAAGCGAUUUAUCGGGGAUUACGACCCAACGCUCGAAAUGAUCUACAGACACACGGCGGCAAUAGAUGGAGAAUUUGUUCAUUUUGAAAUCUUGGAUACUGCCGGGCAGGAGGAGGACUCGCUGCAGAUAGAAGAGAAAAUAAAAUGGGGAGAUGGCUUUGCGGUGGUCUAUUCCGUAACUGAUCGGUGUAGCUUUGAUGAGGUGAUGAGGUUGUGCUUCCUCAUUAAUCACGUCCACUCCAACGCACGGAAAGGAGCCGGGGAACUGCCACCUGUGGUCAUAGUGGCCAACAAGAAGGAUCUCGAGUUUGACCGCAUGGUAACCACAGAAGAAGGAGAAAAACUCUCCAAGUCCUUAAAGUAUCCCUGUUAUGAAAUCUCUACCAGGGACAGUUACGAAGAGACUGCACUGGUCUUCAAUAACUUAUAUUAUGACCUUUUAAAGCAAGGAACUGUUUCCCCUGGAACGUUCAAGAGAAGGGGCAUCUCCAAGCAGAUGGAGAAGAUUCCAAGGCUCUAUGCCAACUCGGCCAUAAACACCAGCGGGAGGAGUUUAAGCUUCAACUCGUUUAGGGACUACAUUCCAGAGUAAACCAUCGCUGCACUCUAAUAACCAUUAUUCUAAUGAUCCAUCAUGGAAGACGCUAAAUGUUUUGAGGACAAUUUUCUAGGGUUACAGGCUGAUAGCAGACAAGAAAUGGUGAAUUGUAUUCACAUUUCCAUGAGCUCCGAAGAAAAGGUUUCUUGUUAUUCAUGGACUUUCUUGCUGUCUAAUGAAUCUUCUACUGAAGCUUGGACUGGUUGAAUUACUUUAAAUAUACUGCUACUAUAUGACAGAGCAUUGAGGAAAAAUAUUAUGUUUCUAACCUGGUUGAUCCACCUCCUGGAGAGAUGUCCGUUCUGGCCCAUUGUGAAGUCACUUCUAGUUUAUGUGGUCCCUGGGAUGGAAUAAAGUUAACCCUCUGCAGGUUGGGUAGUGAGUCUUGGAAAGGGGCAAAGCUAGUAGGUAAUUGGGCUCAGGUUUUGGGUGACUGGCACCCAUUUGAUUUUGUUUAAAGGGGUGGUUCACCUUUAAGUUAAUUUUUAGUAUGUUAAUGGUUAAUUCUAAGCAACUUUUCAGUUUGUGAAUUAUUUGCCUGCUU